AUGGCUCACAAAGACCGUGUGGCUGUCAUAAAGGCUAGCAACACUACAGGUUUUAUGCUUAAGCCAGGCCUUAUUUAUAAAGCCAAAAAUCCACGGGCAUUAAAAAACAGAAAUACGGCUGUGUUGAUCGUCUUCUGGAUGCAUAACUCCAAGGCCUGGAUAACGAAAGCUCUGACCCUUGAAUGGAUUCUCCAUUGCUUCAUUCCACAACUGAAGCUGUAUCUGGCUGAAAAGGGCCUCCCUUUUAAAGUCCUUCUCCUGAUGGACUGUGCAGGAGGCCAUGCAACGGACCUGCAAUAUGACGGUGUGCAGAUAGAGUUUCUGCCCCCGAACACUACAUCUCUAAUCAAUCUCAGCCGAUGGAUCAAGGUAUCAUUCGUGCCUUUAAGGCACUCUACACUCGCUCCACGAUGGAGGGCUUCAUCUCGGCAGUUGACGAUGCCAAUGACGAAUUAA